AUGCCCACAUACCUAUGCUAUGGGUUCCGUUGGGAUCGCAAAGCCAUCCGCAUCUUUGUCGCAAACCACGACCUCGAGGACGCCACGCCCGACUGGGUCAUCAAUAAGAGGUCAUCCAUGGUGAUCCUCCGGCAGCUGCACAAGCUAUAUCCCUCCAUCAGGAAGCCAGAUGAGCCCGUUGAUUUGCAAGGCCGGGAUGCUCUGGGACAAGAAGUCAACCCUGAGUACGCCCACUUGCCUGCCAGCUAUAACCCCGAGGAAGACCUUGUCCUUCGCCAUGACUGGUCUGCCAUCAAGCUCUUGGAAUCGCACGAUGGAACCAACAGAGAGGCUUCACGACCCUAUGCCUUUGUGGCUAACUACGUCGUCCGCGUAGACCAAGACUGCAAUCUGAGCAUGGAGUCGGCCCACAAGGCCUUGCUUACUGAAAAACACGAGACAGAGCAUGGAUAUCUAAGGACGCUCCAGGGAGCGCUCGCACCAACAGAACCUUUGGCUUGGCCUGGCAGCGCGAGCAGUGGGACACCGACGCAACGAGCCCACGAGGAAGCCGAGCGCAACGAGACGAACGAACAAGACAACAACGGCGAGGGAGAAGCGACUUGA